AGUAAGUGUGAGUGUGCGCGGAACCUGUCGCAAUCUUCUCAGCAUCAGUGCCAGCUUCACGUCUGCUGCCUCUAUCAGCUCCGCCAUGGCGUGGCGUUGUUCUUAUCCUAGCCAUUUUCCCUUGUAUACGGAACUUUUAGACAUAUUUUAAAGAUUUCAUGAAGACGCCCACUGACCGAAUAUCAGCUACACGGCCAAUUAAAAAAAUCCGGAUCUAAUCCUAUUUAGAUCUGUUGCGUGGUUAUACAACCUAUUUCUCCAGCCUAUUAUUCUUCCUCGGAUUCUAUGGGAAUUUUCUACUUCUAUAUCAGAUCCAGUACAUUUAUUAAACUCGCACUUAAAACUAUGCUUUCAGUCGAGAUGGGAGUUAAACGAGAUUGGAGAUGGAUGGGUUAUGGUACAUUUCUGCAGCAUGUGGUCAACAGCACACACACACACACACACACACACACACCGGAGCACAAAGAGCACAACUUCGCUUCACAACAAGUCGCACAGACUUUACGCAAGCUUGCAAACCACUUGCUGAUUUCAAACGCAUUUUUUUUCAAUCAUAUAAAGACAAACCUAAGGUGUACCAGGGUGUGCGGGUGAAGACCACCGUCAAGGAGCUGCUUCAGAAACGCAGGGCACUUCAGGCAGCAGAAUCAAGAAAAACACAAGCUGUGACGUCUCACGACGUCUGUUCUACACCAGUGACUGCGGGUCAUCUCGAUAUUCUCUCGGCGCAGGAUGCUUAUUUCCAGCCUCGACAGUUUGCAGAAAGCGUGCAUAUGGCCAUGGAGGACAUGUUUGAUGAUCAGCUGCUGAUGAACAUGAUCCCUGCAGAGAACUUCAGCUCCAGCACUGCGGUGUGUGCGCCUGCUCCUGCGCAGUGGCCGCACGGAUACUUCCCUUCAUCAUGCGCGGACUAUUACACUAACAGCUUAGCUUCCAGUUCACCAACACACUCGUUCAGUCUUCCCAGUCCGGUUGAUUACAACAGCUACACUCCGCCUGAGUCUCACUCCUCCUCCUCCUCGUGCUACAGCUCCCCGACACGCAUGGACAUGAGCUCCAGCUUUACUUCAGAAAAUUACCACUACCAGCAUUGCACCCUGCAGCACUGCUUUUGCCUGUCGCACUGGCCCAGUGUGCAGGAUGGGACCAUGGCCGCAGACUACGCGCCUCCUCACUACAGCACCUCAGACUGUUUUUACCAAGCUCUGGGAGAAGAAGCUUACUGUAGAAGAGAUUCCUCCAGUUCAGAGCUGUGUUACUUAUAAGAGCACUUUGUCUAAGCAUUGUUUGUACAGCGCCAGAAAGCAUUUCAAUAUUUUAUUUUUGUUUUGAUCAAAAAUCUUCAAAAAUCGUCUCAUAAGAAAUCAAAACAUAAAAUUGGUCAUGCAUUGCUUGGUAUAGGCAUUACCUACAGGCUCUAGCAAAGGCUACCUUAUCACUUUCAUGGAACCUUUGUUGAAACGCUGGUCAGUAUCAAUGACGAACAAAUUGUUCAUUUAUUAUUAUUAUUAUUUUUUACAAUAAAAUACUAUUUUUUCGUAAUCCUGUGAUGUCAUUUUUCACUUAACCGAACUCACACAAAAUAGACUACAAAAGAGCGAGAGAUGUAUUUGUGGAUGGAUAAAUAUUAUUCAGAGAAGAAUAAGUUUUUAGAAAUGUUAGUUAAACUCCAAAAUAUUUCUGCUCGAGAGAGGUCUUUGAUAUCAGCAUUCUAUACGAGGUAUCAUCUAGCACCCCAAAGUGAUCUUUGGAUUAUCCUUUCUGGGAGAACUGUUAAGGAUCUUGUAGAAUGGUCCAACUGAGCAUUAUGUUUUUAGAAAAUGUUCCAAGUACAAUCCUUUAGGAAAGCUGGAACCAUUCAUAGAAGCCACAAGGAAGCUAUUUUUAAGACUGCAUGAAUAGCCAUUUCUAAGAACUUGAUAUGAUUGAUUAAUAAUGUAAUACUGCGCAUGCCAACUUGACUAGAUAUUGCAUAUAAAUAAAAGAUCAAUGAAUAUGAUAUAUGAAAUAAAAGACGCCCCAAA